AUUUUCCACCAUUUUAAAAUCACCGGUUAGAAGCAUCCUUGCUUCUGCGUGUUGUUUGUCAUUUUCUCCAAAUACAUUGCUCCUUCAUCUCUUUAAAUCUAGCUACUUCCUAUAUCCAAAUUAGAUCCCACAAAAUUUAAUCACAUCAAUUUCCUUUCAAGAGAAUGGCUUUCCAGCAAAGUUUUGCUCCAUUAGAGCAUCGUCCCAUGUUGCUCAAAGAUUUCCUCAAAGACGACACGACAUCAUCGUCGGUGUCUAACAAGUCAACGGCGAUUUCAGCAAGGUCAAACAAGCCCCACAUCGUGCUGCUCCGAAGCUGGUCGAGGAGGGCCGCCGCCACGAAGAUCUCGGCCGUCCAUAAAGUGAUCAAGCUGCUCCAGUUCGCCUCCUCGAAAUCGCCGGCGUCGGUUCUGCCGAGGAAGUUGACCGGAGGAAAGAGGGUCAAAGCCGACGAUAGCGACAUCGUAGUAAGCGUGCCGGAAGUCAAAGUCAAAGUCAAAGUCAAAGACAUCCUGCGGUGGAGAUCGUUCAGGGACCUGGCGGAGGAUGAACCUAAGCCGUUGGAUUUCCAUCCAUCACCUCACCGGCACGCCACCUCCUCCGCCACCACCACCACGACUUCAUGCAGCAAGAGAUCGAGCUGGUGCGACAGUGAUUUUACCGCGGAGGAGUUAUCGCCAUGGGGCGGUGAAAAUGAAGAGUUCUCUACCUUCAAGAAUCCCAAGGGAGAUUGGUCAUCAUUUGAAGAAUAUGAGCAGCAAAGCCCUGUUUCAGUUCUUGAUUCACCAUUUCUACAAGUUCCGAAGUUCACUCAUUUUCAUCCAAUUCUCGAAAAUGUUCAAAGCGUAGACUCAAAAUGCUCUCUCACACAAACAACUCAAGAGAGAAGUACUCUCAAGGGAGAAAUCGCCAUUUACGAAGAGAAAGCAAGGCAGCUGUUGAGCCAAGUCGAAGAAGAUGAAGAGCGCCAUGCCGACGAGGUUGAAGUGUUGUUGGAUUUCUUCGUCGACGAACUUUCUAGAAAUGGGAGGUUGAAUGAUGAUGAGUUUGUUUCUGAGCUUUUGAGGAUUACAAAAUCAUGGAUGUGUGGGGAGUUGGAGGAAGAGAGAGAUUCAUUUGUUAAGGAGAUGGAGAGAGGAUUUUGUUGGAAGAAAUUUGAGGAAGAGAAGGAAGAGUUGUGUGAGGAAUUGGAAGUUAGGGUGUUGAAUUGUUUGUUAGAUGAUCUUGUUGCUCAAUUUCUUUGCUAGAUGAAAUGAAAACAAGAUAUACUUAGAUAAUAUAACAGAUAAAAAUGUGACAUGGUAUCUAUUGAUUGAGUCA